AUGUUCCGCCGUUUGGCUACUGUCGCCCCUCGCUCAGUCGGCACUGUCGUGUCGCCUCGCAUUACGCCGGCCAUUUCCCUCAUCCAGGCUCAACCCAUCAACAGGGCAUCUCCUGCUCCUCAGAGGAGAAGUUAUCACGAGAAAGAUAAUCAAAUGCUGACCUUCUUUGCACUGCUAGAUCAUUACAACAACCCACGCAACGUUGGCUCACUACCCAAGGACGCCCCUGACGUCGGUCUCGGUCUGGUCGGUGCACCUGCUUGCGGUGACGUGAUGAAGCUCCAGAUCCGGGUCGACAAGGAUACCAGCAAGAUCACCGACGUCAAGUUCAAGACUUUCGGUUGUGGUAGCGCGAUCGCCAGCUCUAGCUACCUGACCGAGUUGGUGCGAGGAAUGACGCUUGACGAGGCCUCUAAGAUCCGGAACACCGACAUUGCCAAGGAACUCUGCCUGCCUCCCGUCAAGUUACAUUGCUCCAUGCUUGCUGAAGAUGCCAUUAAGUCCGCCAUCAACGACUACUACACCAAGAACCCCAAGGCCGCUAAGACUGACCUUUCUGGUACUGGGGCUUCCAUUCCCAAUGUGGAAAAGACCGAGGGUAGCGCCGCGAGUCUGUGA